UCUUGUCUCACUCGUUGAUUCUCACUUUGCACUGCCUCGCCGUUUCGCUUUCUUUGCUGCCAAUGCCAUUCCACUGCUGAAAGCGGCCAAACAAUGUGCCCACCGCAUUUGCUGCGGCUAGCUUUAGCUCAAGACCCUGCUCUUCGAACAUCCCGCUAUCUCCUCAGACUCGCCACAUAUGUCUCGACGUCCACAGAAGCAGACAAGCAACUCCGCACAAGCCACGCUCGGUUUCUUCCCCACUUUUUCAAAUGGUCACCUUUAGCCCUUACCCAAAGCUUUCCCCUACGUGCAUCAACACAUUUACGUCAGAGUUCUGUAGCCUAUCACUGCAUUCACGCUAGAGAGCGACAUGGAUUUGCUUCAACAAUACACCUACCAAAAUGUGAAUGGAGCCCAAAGCUACAUAUUGCACAGAAACGUUUUGUUGGAACGUCAAAGAGGCGCUUUCAUGCCACACCGAUAGCUUCCAAGACUCUGUUGACGGGGGCGAUUGUAACGGGGUUCUUUAAACUUGCGAGGACUGUUGUGACCGCCUUGCCAAUUCUCUGGAGAUGGCAAUGGUUCAAGAGUUAUCCACGUACCAUGUGGACAAUGGCGGCUUUACCUGUGGUUGGCGUUGUUGCGUUGGUUGGUUUGGCUUACGAAGAGCAUCCGUUUACGCAGCGAUCACGCCUAAUGUUUAUUGAUGAGCCUACCGAACUCCAAAUGGCCGAGUCCAGCUAUCCCCAACUCCUUUCCCGAUACCAAAAGCUCUUCCUACCCGCGUCGCAUGCUGAUUACACAUCUAUCAACGAAAUUGCCACCUCUCUCCUCGAUAUCGUCGGUCCUAUACGCGACUGGCAAUUACACGUCGUCAAAGACGACGAUGUUGUUAAUGCCUUUGUUACACCCACCGGCAAGAUUUUCGUUUUUACAGGUCUCCUGCGAAUGGCCGACGAUCCGGAUGCCGUUGCAGCAAUUUUGGCUCAUGAGCUGGCUCAUGUGUUAUCUAGACAUGGAGCGGAGAAGAUGGGAUUUCAGUAUUUGGCGAGGCUGGGCUGGGAUUUUGUACACUCGCUGUUGUAUACUUUUACAUUGAAUUUACCCAUGCUGGGGGAUUUGGCGGGACGAGGUGUUGAUGCAACUAAGGAUAUCUUGAGUUCUUUGCCGUAUUCGCGCAUGUGCGAAAAAGAAGCCGAUGCCAUUGGCCUGUACUUAAUGUCUAUUGCCGGAUACAAUCCACGUGCAGCCGUCUCCUUCUGGAAUCAGCUCUCCACCCAUGACCCAUCUACGCCAACAUUCGAAUUUCUUAGUGACCACCCCUCUCAUACCCACCGAGCCGAGGAUCUCAGAACCCACCUUCCCGCUGCGCUCAAAAUCUUUCACGCCCGCCAACACAUUGCAAUUGAAUUUGAGCAAGCCCGCCUGAGCUCUGCCAAACGCGUCGAAGGUGUGGGGAAGCACCAUUGGCAUAGCAUGGACGAAUUGAACCGAGAACUGUGCAGAGUUUUGAAUUCCUACGCUGGCCGACCCCUUUUUGGAGAGGAAACGUUUAUUGAGAAAAGUUUGGAGGUUUUGGAGAGCGAGGAUAUCAAAGGCGUUGCGGCUGCGUAGCCCACCUAUUAUUUUUGUAGGGUUUGUAUAAUUUUGGUUAGUUACUCUGAAUGAAGGUUUGGACCAACAUGGGCUGUUUUAUGGAUCAAGAGAUAUGGCAGAGAUAUGCUACAUAGUACUGUUGACGUGACCGAAGACAAAAAUACAACAUUUCUGCAUCCAUUCGCUAUAGCCAUA